UGGAUCUAACAAAGCUUAUUCUAUAGAAUUCAAAGCCAAUGUGACAGACAAUACCUUGGAGAUCCGUUUAUACUGGAAUGGAAAAGGGACUACUUGCAUUCCAAAAAGAGGAAAUUACGGUCCUCUUAUUUCUGCAAUAACUGUAUGCUCAGGCAUGUUUUAUAUAUAUAUUCCCAGAAUUUCAUUUGAAAGUCACUGACUUUGCGAUUUCAUUCAUAUACAAUGACCUUUAUCAAUUAAGUUAAAAUGAAAACCGAGCAAUGAUAUCAUAGAUUUGUUGAUCAAGAACUUAUGAAUUCAAAUCUCAUCACCCCUUAGACUUAGCCUUGGUCAUUUCCCCCACCGGUUACAUAAUUAACAAACAAAUUCUUCCUUAUGAACCAGGCUUUGAUUUUCAUCAUAACUGUAUGUAAGCUUCUACUCAGUUCAUUAUACCAUCUAAGAAGCACUUUAUGGUUUGUUGUUUUCAGGCCAGAGAACUUAUUGUCCAGGUGAGAAGUAAACUGCUGCCCUGCAGUGAUUUAUUGUCCCAUUGGCUUUCUGUGUUUGUACGUGUAACUUUGUUUAAUUUCAGAACCUGGAGAAGCAAGUAAAAGACCUAUCGUGGUUGGAGUUGUCACUUCAGCCUUACUCCUUGUUUUCUUGGUAAUGGGUGUCAUUUGUUGGAAAUUCUAUUUUAGAGACAAGUUCAUGAGAGAACGAGAUCUCAAGGGGCUAGAUCUAAAAACUGGUUCCUUCACUUUGAGGCAGCUGAGAGCUGCCACUAACAAUUUUGAUUCUGCUGGAAAAAUUGGAGAAGGUGGAUUUGGCUCCGUAUACAAGGGUAAAUUGUCAGAUGGAACUCUUAUUGCUGUUAAGCAGCUAUCUCCUAAAUCCAGGCAAGGAAACCGAGAAUUUGUGAAUGAAAUAGGCAUGAUAUCUGGUUUACAGCAUCCCAAUCUUGUAAAGCUUUAUGGAUGCUGUAUUGAAGGAGAUCAGUUGCUUCUGGUGUACGAAUACAUGGAAAACAACUCCCUCGCCAAAGCACUUUUUGGUUCAGAAACAAGUUUUCUGAUGCUGGAUUGGCCAACAAGAUAUAAGAUAUGUGUUGGAAUAGCCAGAGGUUUAGCAUUUCUCCAUGAAGAAUCUGCAAUCAGGAUUGUUCACAGAGACAUCAAAGGUACAAAUGUAUUACUCGGCAAAGAUCUAAGUGCCAAGAUAUCAGACUUUGGACUAGCUAAGCUCAAUGAAGAGGAGAACACUCACAUCAUGUUUACUCCUCUCAUGAUGAACUGAGUUCUUGGUUAGAGC